AUGCAUCCAGUCCUAAAGGCCUUUGUGUGUGGCUCCAUCAGUGGGACAUGCUCCACGCUCCUCUUCCAACCCCUUGACCUGCUGAAAACCCGCCUGCAAACACUGCAGCCUGCCGUGAACGGGUCUGGUCGUGCUGGGAUGGUGACGCUGCUCUUCAGGGUUGUGCGCACCGAGAGCCUCCUGGGGCUCUGGAAAGGGGUCUCUCCAUCCUUUGCAAGAUGCAUCCCUGGGGUUGGGAUUUACUUCAGCACUUUGUACGUGAUGAAGCAACAGCUUCUAGUGGACCGUUCACCCACAGCCCUGGAAUCUGUCUUUUUGGGGGCCACUGCACGUGCCAUCUCUGGGGUUUGCAUGCUGCCAGUGACCGUGGUGAAGACCCGAUACGAGAGUGGAAGGUUUGGCUACGGGAGCGUGUUGGGGGCCCUGAAGAACAUCUACCAGACAGAAGGGGCCCGGGGGAUGUUCAGCGGGCUCACGGCCACGCUGCUACGCGACGCGCCCUUCUCCGGCAUCUACCUCAUGUUCUACACGCAGGCCAAGGGGCUCACCCCCCAGGACCAGCUGGAUCCUGUGCUCCUGCCCAUGCUGAAUUUUGGCUGUGGGAUCUUUGCUGGAAUUUUGGCCUCGCUGGUGACACAACCUGCUGAUGUCAUCAAAACACACAUGCAGCUGAGCCCCCAGAAGUACCGCAGGACCAGCCAGGCUGUUGCCUUCAUCUACAAGGAUUUUGGGUUGGUUGGCUUCUUCCGGGGCGGGGUGCCGCGGGCCCUGCGGCGCACGCUGAUGGCGGCGAUGGCCUGGACGGUGUACGAGCAGAUGAUGGAGAGGAUGGGCUUGAAAUCCUGA